AUGAAGCUCUUAGUUGAUGAAAUAUAUCUUUUGGCUUUUGCCAUUACUGUUCCAUUGCCCUCCUUAGUUUUAGCUCUUGUGAACCUGCUUCUUCCAUUGCAUAGCGCAUCAUUUUGGUAUCAGAGCCAGUGGCUUGGAGAGAUGGCAGAGUCCAGCAAGCGUGCGACAAGCGAGGAUAACCAAAGUCUGGAGGCACUUUGGGCUGCGCACGCUGGAGUCAAGAAGCGGUUAGAGGAAAUAGCAGCUGUUGUGGAUCGUUUAGCUACCGUUGUGCGCCGAGAACCACCCGUCGCGCGAACGGGAGAGCUUCCGUUUCGAACGAGACGACAUGCGCCACCCAUUAUCACACCAGUUGAGGGAAACAGGGGAUAUCAGAAUCGAGGCCGUCGGCGUCUGGCAUUGCUUUCGGAGCUUUCAGAUUCGGAGGAGGAUCGUGGUAGUUUUAUUCCAGAAGGAUUUUCUGACUCAGAUGUAGAACUGGGAGAUCGUCGCCCUCGGCGUUAUGCUGGGCGAGAUCGGAACCAAGGUGAGUUCCGAGUGAAGUUGGAUAUUCCGUUUUUCGACGGAAGGCUGCACAUCGAGGACUACCUAGAUUGGGAAAGGGAGGGCCGCGGACCUGUGCGCAGCUGGCUGAGGAUGAAGCAGUUGUUGCGGGGACAUUUUCUUCCAACUGACUACGAACAGAUGCUAUACCUGAAGUACCAACAUUGUACCCAAGGCAAUCGCUCGGUUAGCGAAUAUACAGAGGAGUUCUACAGUUUAUCCGCAAGGAAUGAUUUGAACGAGACGACCAAUCAGUUAGUGGCAAGAUACAUCGGAGGAUUGAAGGAUAGUAUUCAAGACAAAUUGGAGUUGAAUUCAGUUUGGUCGCUCUCGCAGGCACUCGGUACAGCUGUGCGUAAGACUCCUUUACCACCCGAUAAUAGUGGAUUGUCUCAUUCGCAUAAGCCCAAUUCCGACCCCAAAGCUCCUUUUAAGCCCAAAUUUCCCUUUAAAGAGAACCCUUACCCGCGGCCUCAAGGACUCAAAUACUUUCGUUGUUUUCAGCCGGGACACAAGUCUAAAGAGUGUCCCAAUCGCCAACAAUUGCAAUUACUGGAUGGUGAAGGUGAGGAUGAAACCGACCAGCAUGAGGAAGAAGUGGAAGUGGAGGAUGUAAUCGGAGAUGAGGGGGAGCCUUUGGUAUUUGUAUUAGAGAAGUUGUUAUUGGCUCCAAGAAAAGUCGUGGAUUCUCAGCGGCAUUCAAUAUUUAAAACCAAGUGCACCAUCGCCGGCAAGGUUUGUGACUUACUUAUUGACAGCGGUUGUAUGGAAAAUGUAGUGUCAAAAGUUGUAGUGCAAGCCUUACAGCUCAAGACGACGAAGCACCCUCAGCCCUAUAAAAUCAGUUGGAUAAAAAAAGGAAUGGAGAUUGCUGUUACAGAGACUUGUCGUGUGCAGUUUUCGAUUGGGAGGCACUAUACAUGUGAAGUGUUAUGCGAUGUCGUGGAGAUGGAUGUUUGCCAUCUAAUUCUUGGCCGCCCCUGGCAAUUUGAUGUCUGUAUCAUCUAUGAUGGGAGGGCCAACACUUACGCAUUGGAGUGGAAGGGAAAACAGCUUCGUUUAUUACCACACUCCACGGGAACUGAAAAUAAAGCUGAAGCUGGACGGCCAGCUCUUCAUAUAGUCACGGGUAAUGGGCUACUAGCAUCAUGUGAAGAAAAUACGCCCCUAUUUGCUCUAGUCAUCCGGGAGGCCGCACCCUGCCAUGACAAAGAUGACCGUCAGUUGAUCGAGCCACUGCUUAAGCAAUUUCAGGAUGUAUUGAGUAAUAAUGUGACUACACUUCCUCCCCUCCGUUCACUACAACACCAAAUAGAGUUUGUGCCGGGAUCAACACUUCCGAACUUACCCCAUCACCGCUUGAGCCCGAAAGAAUAUCAAAUUCUCCAGCAUAUUGUAGAUGACUUAUUGAAAAACAAUCUAAUUCAACCGAGCCUCAGCCCUUGUGCGGUGCCGGCACUCUUGGUUCCAAGAAAAGACGGAAGUUGGCGAAUGUGUAUGGACAGUCGCGCCAUCAACAAGAUCACAGUGAAAUUCCGUUUUCCGGUACCACGAGUAGAAGAACUGUUGGAGAAGCUGGCGGGAGCUACUAUAUUUUCAAAACUUGAUCUCCGAAGUGGCUAUCACCAGAUUCGGAUUCGACCAGGCGAUGAGUGGAAGACAACAUUCAAAACUCUCCAUGGGCUCUAUGAGUGGCGAGUCAUGCCGUUUGGGUUGUGCAACGCUCCUUCUACUUUUAUGCGGCUGAUGACGGAGGUGCUCAAACCUUUUUUGAAUGUCAGCUGCAUAGUUUACUUCGAUGACAUUCUUGUCUUUAGCGCGUCGUUGACCGACCACUUGGCGCAUCUGACAGAGAUUUUCUCUGUUCUACAACAAAAUCAACUAUUCUUGAACCCGAGUAAGUGCGAAUUUGCUGCUUCUACCAUUUAUUUCCUUGGAUUUGUUAUCUCGGCUGCAGGUGUUCAAGUCGAUCGGUGGAAGGUGGAAACAAUUACAAACUGGCCAACUCCGAAGACAUUCACGGAAAUUUGCAGUUUCCAUGGACUCGUCAAUUUCUACCGUCGGUUCAUCAAAGAUUUUAGCUCUAUUAUGGCACCAAUCACUGAUUGUUUGAAGCUGAAGCAGUUCCAGUGGGGUGAUGACUAG